AUGGAUGUGGGAACUAUUGACGCCACACCUGACUGUAAUGGCUUCUUCUCUACCAGACAGACACCUCGGGAGCACCACAUUCUGAAAGGCAGAGCCUUAGCAGCAAAAUUGCGGACCGCAAGAGAGGACGGCAUCCUCAUUGACAAGGAUACACGAGAGCGGCUACUAAGCGAUGCCGAUGCCGAGAGCGCCAAGGCUUUCAAAGACUUAUGUUCUCUAUUCGACGAGAGCUUGGAGGUCUCAACUCGUGUCGCUACUUCGCUCGAGGGGAAGCGGACCUCUGGCUCGAAGAAAGAUCAACUCGAUGAGGCACCAAAUUUAUCGCUCUUCAGUGGCGGAGUCUUGAGAGAUUACCAGAAAGAGGGAGCCGCAUGGCUGGUCAAACUCGGGAAACAGGGACUGAACGGGAUUCUAGCGGACGAGAUGGGUCUCGGCAAAACUGCGCAAUCUAUUGCGAUGAUAUGCCAUUUGGUGGCAAGUGGAGCCUCGGGACCGUUCCUUAUAUUGUGCCCGCUGUCCACCGUCAGGAACUGGGAGAAUGAGUUCAAUCGAUUCAGUCCGGCACUGCCCGUCCUGGUCUUGCAUGGACCGAAGACUAAACGAGCGACAAUUCGACGGAAACUUCGCAUCAGACGGGAACUGGGGAACGGCUCCGAAAAGUCAAUUUUCCCGGUUGUAAUCGCACCUUAUCAUAGUUUCGUGGCCGACUCGAAAUCACUGUCGCGCCUAAAGUGGUCGUACCUUGUUCUGGACGAAGCCGCAGUCAUCAAAAAUUGUGAAACGAGGCUCUACAAGAGCGUGUCCUCGCUGUAUGUUACCGGGAAAUUGUUACUCACCGGUACCCCCCUCCAGAAUAACAUAAGAGAGCUCUUCAACCUCUUGCAUUUUAUCCUACCGAACAUCUUUCACAACUAUCGCCUGUUCGAAGGCUGGCUCGAGGAGCUCGACGCUCAUCGAGAAGAAGGCAGUUUUGGGGACGGGGACAGCUGCCAGCUCGUCAGCACAAUGCACAGCAUCCUCGCACCCUUCUUCCUACGCCGUACCAAAGAAUCAGUGAGACUCGACUUACCUCCGAAAAAGCAUAUCAUCGUAUAUUGUCCGAUGACGAGACUCCAACAGAGUUAUUACAAGGCGGUACUCUUCGCCAAGGAAAAAGCGAGGAAGGAAGAUGAAGCGCUCAUUAUAGAGGAUGGCGCCCAGUCUCUGCGAACCUGUCGUCUCUUCAACGCUUUUGGCGAACCAUCGGAGAAGACUCGCCGCGAGAUGCGGAUCGAUCCACCAGCUAAGCCGAAGAAAUGGUUCGGGGGCGAGGACGCGGAAUCUCUGAGCAUAUACUCGAGGAUUGGUUCCUCUCGAGUACAGUCCGGUGCUCGAGUACCGAAUGAAUCCACUGACGACGCAAUGCGAUUGCUAGACAAAGGCCGCGUGAAAUUUAGCGGUGCGACCAUGAAUAACAUACUCAUGGCUCUCCGGAAAACGGUCGCACAUCCAUGGUUGCUGGAUCUCGACAAGUCUUGGGGUGGUGAUUAUCCGAGGAACAGAGCAGCUUUGCUCGAGAAAUCUGGGAAAAUGCAGGUCUUCGACAUUUUGCUUCGUGGACUUCUGGAGAAAAAUCACAAAGUCCUGGUGUUCUCAGGCUUCACGUCGGUUCUCGACCUCAUCAGCCUGUAUCUGGCUCUCAGCAAAAUCGAGCACUACUACCUGAGCGGACGCACGAAACUAGACGAACGACAGGAACUAAUCGACGCCUUCAACAAGCCGAACUCGGUGGAAAAAGUAUUUCUCCUGUCAACUCGCGCCGGAGGUCUGGGAAUAAACCUGACAGGAGCGGAUACAGUGAUAUUUUACGAUACAGACUGGAACCCUCAGAUGGAUCUUCAAGCCGCGGAUCGAUGCCAUCGGAUCGGGCAGAGUCAGAGAGUUGUCAUCUACCGAUUGAUAACCAAAGAAAGUGUGGAUGAGAGAAUCCUCGAUGUGGCUACGAAUAAACGUCGACUCGAGAAACUCGUGAUGAAGUGCGGAAGGUUCGAGAAAGUCACAACUAUCAGGGAUCUCAAGGAACGUGAUCUACUCGAAGUGCUCAAAAGCGUCGAUUGGGACGCCGCAUUGGAUGGAGAUCUGCUGGACCCGUCGCGAAUUUUAGCUCUCACCGAUCGCGAUUCGGUUUUCUCAAGUGAAGAGAACAACAUUUGAGGUUACAUUUGACCCGGAGAUGGCAUGGCAUCAUCAUAUCUCUCGCCGUCGAGGUACUCAAGCGCUUAGCAAGGCGCUGUAUGAGAUUCGGUGUGGUUUCUUAAAGACAUGAACGGUUGACAGGAACGAUUUAAAGGCUUUGGUCUAAUCUUUAAAUUUUACCAGCGACAAUAAAACCGAAAAUAGAGGAAAUUCCCUGCAGUCGAUAUCCGUCCCCAUCGAUGAGACUCCCCAGAACACCACCGACGAUCGAUGGGAAAAAAUGUGGGUCGACUC